CACUAGCUCUGGCUUUCACUUUGAAGCUCCAGGAUUCGUUCCUGUCCCUCGGCGGUUUGGAAGGUCCCUCGACGCCGCUCCUUCGCGGCAGAGGCAGGGCAGAGAAGAAACACAGACGACGGCGAACCCGCCUUGAAGUUUCCGCGCAGGAGGAUUCCAGCGCGCACUGCCGGGGCGGCGCUGCCCGAGGUCCGGGACCGCCGCCGGGGCGGGAGCCCACGUGGUAGGAGAGGAAAACCCGGCGGCAGCGGGACACGGCAGAGCGGGGUCUGGAGCCUCGCUCCGCGCCGGGCUCCGCACCGGGCCGGGCCGGUCCCCCACCGGGCAGGAAGGGGUGGAGCGGCCGGCGGAGCGCACGGGCGGGGUGCCGCGGGCGGGGAGACAUCCCGGCCAUGCUGAAGCCGGGCGGGCGGGCCGUUCCGCGCCUCCGGUGAGCGCUCCCCAUGGAGCGGCUGCCCGGCCAACCCUGAGCCGGUGGCCCCGGCCGCCCGGCCGCCCGGCGUCCCCGAUGGAGCCCGAGGAGCGGAAGAUCUCGGUGUGGAUCUGCCAGGAGGAGAAGCUGAUCUCCGGGCUCUCCCGGCGGACCACCUGCUCGGACGUGGUACGGGUGCUUCUGGAGGACAGCCACCACCGGCGGCAGCGGCCGGCGCUGCCCGAGCCCGGCGGCGGGAUGCUGUCGGGGCCGCCGCACUCCUACUGUAUCGUGGAGAAGUGGCGCGGCUUCGAGAGGAUCCUGCCCAACAAGACGAAGAUCCUGCGGCUCUGGGUGGCGUGGGGGGACGAGCAAGAGAACGUGCGCUUCGUGUUGGUGCGCAGCGAGGCCUCGCUGCCCAACGCGGGACCGCGCAGUGCCGAGGCGCGAGUGGUGCUCAGCAAGGAGCGCCCCGGCCACGGCCUGGGGGCGGCCCGCGCCAGCCUGGCGCUCACGCAGGAGCGGCAGCGGCGAGUGGUGAGGAAAGCUUUCCGCAAGCUGGCCAAGAUUAACAAAAAGCGGCAGCAGCCGCUGGCCCGGGAGGCCUCGUCGGCAGAGAGGAUGGAGACGCUGGUGCACCUGGUGCUGUCGCAGGACCACACCAUCCGGCAGCAGAUCCAGCGCCUCCGCGAGCUGGACCGUGAGAUCGACAGGUAUGAGGCCAAGAUCCACCUGGACCGCAUGAAGCGGCACGGCGUCAACUACGUGCAGGACACCUACCUGGUUGGGGCCGGCGGCGGGGAGCCGGAGCCGGGCGGGGCGGCACAGCCCGCUGCCGGCCGCCCCGAGGAGGACUACGCCAGGAAGUGCGAGGAGGUGCUGCAACUGCAGGAGCAGCGGGCGCAGCAGGAGGAGCUGCUGGAGCACCUGGCCGCCGAGAUCCAGGAGGAGCUCAACGAGCGCUGGAUGAAGCGGCGGCGGGAGGAGCUGGAGCUGGCGGCGGGGCCCGGCUUGGAUGACACGGACUGCGACACCACGGAGUUGAGCGGCGGCGGCGAGGGCGAGCUGCACCUCGAGCACGAGCGGGUGAAGACCCAGCUGAGCACCAGCCUCUACAUCGGCCUCAAGCUGAGCACGGACCUGGAGGCCGUCAAAACCGACCUGGAUUACACACAGCGCGCAUGGGAGGACAAGGAGCGGGAGCUGCAGCGUUUGCUGGAGACGUUGGGCACCCUCGACGUUGCGGAGGCGCCGGCGGAGCCGCGCGGGGCGGCCGGCGGGGGUCGGCCAGCGGCGGGGGGCAGCGGCACUGCAGCCGGAUGGGUUGAGCAGGCGCGGGCGCUGCGCAAGGACCGCGCCGACAACGGCGAGGACUCGGAUACGGGGCUGAGCUCCAUGCACAGCCAGGACUCCGACUCGCUUCCCGUCUGCGAAUCCCUUGUCUAGCGCCCGCUCGCCCGGCGGGGCAGGGGGUGGUGUGAGACGCGGACAGACGGGGCGGGGGGGGGCGAGAUAACGCCCGGUGCAGGAGGCACUCACAUGAGGAAACGUCUCAAUUGUAGUUCUUGAGUUUAAACUUGUUCUAACUAGUCAUCCGCGGGCAGCGCUUAGGCUGGCUCUCCAGUACUUUCAUCUAAGGAAGAGAAACCCACAGCGUGUUUGUGUUUCAUUCACGGCUGGGAAUUGCUCCCUCAUUAAGUCUUGCCGCCUCCUUUACCUCCGAAGGCUUUACCCUGGGCUUUCUAAUCCUGCGGUUCCCCCCCACCCCAUCUCCCCCACUGUAGCUUAGGCUACUCCAGGUAAACUCUGUGUAGGUAAAACGCCAGGAUGAACACUCCGCAGGGUAAAUCCUUUCUCCUUAACAGUUUCUCAGCAUUGCAGAAUCAGUUGGUGGAUUACACCGGCUGUCAUGGACAAACACACCCGACUCCUUUACCGACAAAAAGUCAUUGAGGCUUACGUUGCUGCUGAUGUAAACACUGUGGAGAAAAAGCAGUUUCAAAACUACUGACACUGGGAUCUCCCAGGGCACAAGCUUUUGGAAGGUACUGCAGUUGCUUUUGGGAAAAAAAAGUGGUGAUAAAUAAUUUUUUUUAAAAAAAGAACAAACAAAAUACAGACUUGUAUGUUGUAUUUGUUCUGCAUAGUGCUUUUUCUUAUGCAUAGAUAAGAGUGCUUUUUUGAAAGGCAGACUAAGAAAUCUGUUAGUACCAAUGUUCUUUUGACAGUCAUUGAAAGCACUUUGCAGCACCUCUGUACACAGCCUUCAACUAUGUUUUUUCACUGGGCUAGCUGAUACUUGGCUAAGCUUGGUUGUAGAUAAACAAAGUAUAGAAUCAGCUUGAGCUACUGUUUUCAAUAAUACAGUUCACAUCAGGCCAAGAGAUACAACGAUAAAGGUGUGACUCAAGCUCUACCUGCACUACAGCUUAAUCUUUUCAGUUAUUCCAGUAAAAAAAAAAACAACCCAGCAUCAACUGUAACAUGCAUUUCACUUAGCUGCCAAAUCUUCCUCUUCAGUUUAACUCUUACCAAAAACGUAUGUCCUGCUCUUACAAUAAGAGACAUAAAGGAUUCUUGUACUCCAGAAUAAUUGCAAAAACAUUUUAAGCAGUGAGAGACCAGAGAAUGUUGAGUCAGGGCUGACUGACAGCAUGAACUUUUUGAAACUUCUGAGAUUAUUUAUAUAAGGCUAUUUAUGAAAGUUUUCAUUUAAUGCUAAAGAAAAAAAAGGGGUACACCAAUAGACCAGUUGUUUAUUUUUGAUAAAACCUUUGAAGCUUCCUCACCCAAAGGCCGGGUUCCACACUUUUGCAGUGUUCUUGCUGGUGGGAAUUCUGUUGGACAACAGAAGACUAGACUGGUCUUCAACUGGUCAGUUUGAAAGCAAUUGGGGAAAUACUGUCUGUGGAUUUGCUGAGGCUGAACAAUUCCCUAUAGGCUAUCAUUCUUGCUAAAUGUUAUUCCACCAAAUGGGUCUCAGUUAUAACAAACUGUGGUUUAUUUUGAACACUGAUUAUAUAGUUUUUCAUAUUUUAGUUGACCUUGGAAAAUAUUUAAGAACCUAUUUUUAGAGCUAAUAAAAACAAUACUAAAGAAGUGUUCCCAA